GAAGUGGGCGGAGCCAGCGGCUGGUGGCGGAUUGAUUGUAAACAAAAAGUUAGCCGUUAGACGAGCUGCACAGGGCGGAUAUAAGAGGAGGAUAAGAGUCGGUGAGCUCCAGGAUGAAGGCCUCCUCUCUGCGCCUCCUCCUCCCCCCUCUCCGCCUGUUGACGGCGGCCGUGUGGCAGGUGAUCCAGCAGCAGAGUGUGAAGCAUUAUGGGAUGCUGGAGGAGUUUGUUACCCUGGUGACCGAGGCCGUCCCGCAGCUGCUGACAGAAAGGCAGAGAGGUGUUCUUCUGCUGGCUCUGAGGGCCAAGGUGACCCUUUCUCACCCUUCUGAUGAUCAGACUCACCUGGAGAGGAUCCACUCCAUCUCCAAAGCAUCGCAGGAUGAAGAGCUGACUGAGUGCUGCUCUGCUCUCCUCUCUCUGUCUCAGACUCCUGCCGACCCACAGCGCCUCCUGCAGGAAGUGUUUGACCAGCGCUUUGACUCCGCCCUCCAGUCGCUGCUGUCGGACCUCCUGACUCGGAUCGAGCAGCUAUUCCCAGUGCCGGACUUCAGACAGGCGGCCUAUUGGCUCCACGAUGCCCCCUGUGUUCUGGAGGACUCUCUGCAGGAGACGGACAGGAAACACCUGACGGAGCUCCUGACCAAUCAGAGCUGCCGACUGGGUCGAGCAACAACCGCAGUUUGUGGUGAAACGGAGGAAACGCUCCUGUCAGCCUGGUCCCACCCCCUCCUCACUAGCCCCUCCAACCCUGACCCAGCCGGCCAAUCAGACGGAGGCCCGACGCAGCUGGACGUGAAGGUGGAGGUGGAGCUCAUGACGGAGGAUGUGAUUGCUCAGAGCGUGUCGGAGGAGGAGCAGGAGGCAUCCAAUCAGAGCUCAGAGGGAGUCACACCUGUGGUGGAGGGCGGGGUCAGGUGGGACAGCGACCAAACGCUGUCCGAUCCUGUCAGAAUGAAAGACUCAUCUAGCCAAUCAGAGGGCUCCCAGCUCACAGCCAUUUCCCAUAAUUCCCAGCGUGUGGCUCACAGGUGUCCUGCGUGUGGGAAGUGCUUCAUCUACCGCUCCCAGGUGAUCCGCCACCUGCGCUCCAACAGAACCUGCGGGUCGUCAGGAAAACACGGAUCUGGAGCUCAGCAGGGUCGGAGUGAGGGGGAGCCCCACCCCGUCCGGGCCCACGCCUGCUUCCAGUGCAGCUCCACCUUCACCACCAGAACCGAGCUGGUGGCCCACUGCCGCACUCACCUGACCCGGCCCGUCUACCGGUGCAACCAGUGCGACAGCGCCUUCCAGCUCCAGUCCAGUCUGACCAAUCACAAGCAGACCCACCGGCUGCCCGACCUCAGCUGCUCCGUCUGCACGCAGACCUUCAGCUCGCAGGCGCGGCUGCUGCGCCACCUGCAGACGCACUCAGCCGAGGGAGCCGAGUGCAUCUACAGGUGCCUGUUCUGUGACCAGAGCUUCUCAGGAGUCACUCAGCUUCGGAUCCACCAGCGCAGCCACUCCUCCCGCUCCUACCAGUGCGAUCAGUGCGACAAGUCGUACAGCUCGGUGACGGGGCUGCAGUCGCACCGCGCCACCCACAGCGGCGACAACCGCUUCCUGUGCCCGCAGUGCGGCAAGUGCUUCAAGACCUGUGACGGCCUGGAGGGCCACCUGAGGACACACAGCGGGGAGCGGCCCUUCCGCUGCCCCUACUGCCCCAAGGACUUCACCGCGCACGCCGGCCUCAGCGUGCACGUGAGGCAGCACACGGGUGAGAAGCCGUACGUCUGCACGGUGUGUGGCAAGGCGUGGCCCUCUGGUGGAGACCUGCAGAAACACAUGAGGACCCACACAGGGGAGAGACCCUAUGUCUGCCAGGAGUGUGGGAAAGCCUUCUCCAUCUCCUGCCACCUGACUGAGCACCGCCGCAUACACACAGGAGAGAAGCCCUUCUCAUGUCCUGAAUGUGGGAAGUGUUUUCGGAGACGGUUCGACCUGAAGAAGCACCUGCUGUCCCACAGUAACGUUCGUCCUCAUCCCUGCACCUUCUGCUCCAAGAGCUACACCCGACAGACUCACCUGAACCGACACCUGCUGACCCACAGGACCACUGACAGGGAGGCGGAGCCUGUCGAGGAGGCCUGACCUCCUGAAGAACAGCUGUUAUGAUCUCUGAUUUUUCUACUUAAAUCCCAGUUCACAGUGUGAACAGCUGAAUGUUUAUAAAAGAGAAUUAUUUCCAGACCGGAUGCAGAGCAGUUAAAUGAUAUAUUUUAGCCAUCAUGUAAAUAUGUUUAUAUGUUUUUUAUUAGAUUAACUUCUCUUCAGCUGAGAUGAUAAACAGAUUUAUUGGAUCUCUUUGCAGAACCUCAGAUGUCUCUGUUUGUGCAGAACCUCUUAAUAAAACCGCUGGACGUCCGUUCGGA